GAAGACAUGAAAGAGGAGGUGGAAGUAAAAGAGGAGGAACAGGAAGUGAAUGAGGAAGAGGAAGGAACAAAAGAGGAGGAGGACGAAUUGAAGGAGGAGGAAGAAAUAAAAGAAGAGGAGGAUGAAUUGGAGGAGGAGGAUGAAGAAACAAAAGAAGAAGUGGAAGACAUAAAAGAGGAGGCAGAAGGAACAAAAAAUGAGGAGGAAGUCAUGAAAGAGGAGGAAAAAACAGAAGAAGAGGAGAAAGUGCAAGAAGAGGAAGAAGUAACAGAGCGGGAAGUGGAAGAAGAGGAAGAAUGCCCAAAAGAGGAGGAAGAAACAGAGAAAGAAAAAGAGGGAGUAGAAGAGGAUGAAGAAACAAAGGAAGAGGAGGAGGAAGCAAACAGGGAAGAGGAAGAACAAGAAGUGGAAACCCAAAAUGCAGAGCAAGAGGUUGAAAAGAAGUCCAAAGCUGAAGAUGAAGCUGAAAAUGAAGCUGAAGAAGCAAAGGAGCCAGAGGAUGAGGACAUUGGGUUUGACGAUGAGAAAGAAACAUCUGAAUGCAGAGGGGAUGCUGAUGGGUCUCGAACUGACAACAACCCUGAAGGAGAUGACGCUGAAGGAAGUGAAAAAGCUGAGCAGGAUGAAGCUGAAGCAGUGCAAGAUGCAAAUCCAGAUCCAGAAGAUGAGGCGUGUUCAGCUGAGGAGGAAAACAACAGUAAAGGAGAUGACAGAUGUGAUGAGAAACCUAUCAGUGAUGACCCUGAUAAGGCACAUGAAAAACAUGAAGACAAAGGCAACAGCGAGGAUUCUGAGACAGACUCAGAGGCCAAAGGCAAAAGACCCAUCAAAAUGCUAGAGACUCCGAACAAAGAUGAUGCCUUUUCUUGUUAUUCUUCUGUAGGCAACUUGUCACAGCAAUCCCAGAAGGGGUCUGAAGAUGAAGGUGAAGGGGAAUGUAAAGACGACAACCUCAUCAGCAACCAUUCCAAUGGAGAGGUUAAAAGUAAUGAGAGCAGCAAACCCUCAGUGAUGUAUCCUGACAGUGAGGAGGAAGAAGAGGAUAAAGCAUCUUCAUGUACUGACCCCCUAGGAAAUGAGGACCAGGCAGAUGCUGAAGGUGCAGAUCCAAAGGAGGUUGAACAUACUGAUGAAGUUCAGGCUUCUAAAAAGAAAGAAGCCUCUGAUGAGAUUGACCAGGAAGACCUGGACUUCUAGAACUGCUUAUUAAAAACUGCUUUUUAACUUCUUCCUUUCUUUCUUUUUUUAAAGUAUAUUUUCAUUAUAAAUUACAGUAUCUCCAGUGAGUUGAGCCAUCAUAACUGGCUUUUCUUCUGAGUUAAGUGCGGUAAACUUGAUCUUGAAUCUUGUAACGUUGCAAUUACUUGCCCUCAUUUCUAGAGGGCUAGUAAACCCCUUAAGAACUGGUGGUUUCAUUAGAAAAGUGGUUUGGGGAAAGGGAAGGCUGUUUUGUUUGUGAUACCUUCUUGUUCCCGCUCUUUAAGCCAUGCUGUUUGCUGCUUGAGUCAUCUGUGGCUCUGCUGGGCAUCAUCUCUAGUGAAUUCAGGAUGCCUUUCAUCUGUUGCAUGCCAUUUUCCUGGAAAGAUUGCCAAUCCACAGAAACAUGACAAAAUCUGGAUUCAUUGCCAAAGUCUAGUCACAGCCCACAGCGAUGUACAUUCAUUUCCCCCAUACCUACCCUACCCUACCCUACCCUACCCUACCCUAC